AAGGCGUGUUUACCUGCCAAGGAAAUUGGCUGAUAUAUGAAUGCAGAAGAUUAUCGUGCUGCAAAUUUACUAGGCUCUUGUUCUGCUACGAAUAUGUCCAUUUCUUCGAAGAAGUUUGUCUCGAAGCUUGUGAGCCAUAUGAUUUAUCAACAAAGGAUAAAGUGACGGUACAUUUCUGAAAUGCGAACAACUUGAUGAAGUCUGCACUUUUAUAGGAAAUGAGCCCUUUCCUUUUUCUUUCAGAAUCGUAUCGCAUGUUCUUGUGCCGCUCGUGAUUUACAUCGGCUGGCCAGCAUUGGUGACGAAGACGACGCUGCUGCUGCUGCCACGAGCGUUGCCGUUCGCGCUCUCACGAGACAGACGCUGCCAGCCCCUGUGACCGCUGUAGCUCGAAACCGCGUCACCACGCUGGCGGCAACGCACUCCGUCGGCGUACCGUCGUACUCGUUCUGGCACAGCGCCUUCUUGCCAUUCCAGGUCGAACCAUGUGGACGGACGACACGGGCGACGAGAUCGUCUCCAUCUCCACCGAGAGCCUGCAGGAGCAGCCGUGGCAGACAGUGCGGGUGGCCGGCGGGCAGUCCCUCGGCCAGCGGUUCCUCGGCAGCAAGUUCUCCAUCCUGCUGCUGGCGGCCAUCGCGGUGCUGUUUGCGGGCGUGCUGCCCUUCGUGGCGUUCCGGGCCGCCAUCCUGAGCAGCUCGCGCGCCCUGGCCGCUGCCAGCGCCGUGACCAGCCGCCUGGCCAGGACCGCUUCGUCCAGCGUGAACAGGCAGGCGCAGGACGCCGUGACGGCAUUCGACGUCGUCAUGGCGCAGACACACGACCACGGCCUUGCGCCUGCUGACCAUCACUCCAUCGAGCGAAACGCAGUCAAAGACAGCGGGGACCCGCAUGGUGGCAGGGCCCACCAACCACUGCGCACCCAACGUCAUCACGCUGUCGUCGCUCACGACGAGCUGCUGCCGCAGGUAAUGGAACACCCUAAACCCUGCGACUCGCCGGCUUGUCAACGGGAAGCGCUGAACAUCUCGGAGCAACUGGAUGAGUCCGUGUCACCGUGCGAUGAUUUUUAUACGCACGUCUGCGGGCGCUGGACGCAGCGGGUUGCCGUGCCCAACGGCUCUGCCAGGGUCUCGGUGGACACCCUGACCCAGGACCACCUGACCCACCUCGUAGACGGAGCUUUCCGGCGCUACUCCGAAGAGCUGGAGCGGGUGGCCGACCUGUACAACGAGUGCCGCAGCCACAAGUCGGGGGACUUCGAGCGAGCGCUGUUCGACGAGCUCGUGGGGGGCUUCGGAAACGUCAGCUGGUACCUGAGCAUCCGCACCAUGGCUGGCCGGCUGCGCAAGUCGGUGUGGCCCACGUUCCGGGAUGUGGGAGACACGAAGCUCUCGGCGAGCAUCGGCGCCUUCUACCGGACCGUCAACGAACCGGCGCUGUUCUCCAUCAAGCCAACCACGGACAGCGACUUCCCCAAUGAAACGCUGAUCUCCGUCGGCCUUCCCACUCUGGUAAUGGGGUCGUUCAUCCAGCACUCCCCCAAGAUGCGCGAUGACAGCAACGACUACAACUACGUGUCCGAUGCGAUGGACAUGAUACUCCGCCAGAGCAACCUGACACACGGCAUCAAGGUGAACGUGCUGAACGUCGAGCUCACGCUGGCGCGCGCCAUCGGCACCGCUGUUCCCGAGGCUCCGAGGCUGGUGCAGGUCCAGGAGCUGCCGAGCACGGGCAAGCUCAAGUGGGACGCUCUGUUUCGCUCUAUGAUGGCCGAGACGGACACGAACUUCUCGUCGGUGUACGUGUCGGUGGACUCGAUGCGCUACCUGUACGCUUUGCAAGAGGCACUGCACGAGUUGCAGGACGUGGAGAUCUUGGCCUACCUAGGAUUCCGCACCAAGCUUGUCCUGGCCCCGCUACUGAUGGACAACGAUUCGCUCUCCCUGCUCGGAGCCCUUGCCGUGUCCCCGUUCCCGGAGUGGCAUCCGCCACUGAGCAGGGAGCACUACUGCGUGCGCUUUUUCGAAAAAUUCGAGCCCGCCUUAUCGCUGUACGCGGCGCGCGACGGCAUUGGCCGCCGCCUGAGACGCCUGCGGGCCGCCUCGCUCGUGGAUGCGCUGAGGAAGGCCGUCCACGAGGAGAUGGCCGCACUGUUCCCGAAGCCGUUCCUCAACCACGUGAGCCGCAUCCUGCGUUCGGCCAAAUGGACCGCCCUCAUGCCAGACUGGGCGCACACUGCGCUGUUGCGGGCCAAAUACGUCGACUACUUCUACUCGAAGGUGGGGCGAGCGCCGGUCCACCAGCAGUUUUCGCUGCUUAUCAAGCUAAAGAACGCCAACCAGUACCAGCGCUACUUGACAGGCAUAUUCUUCGACGCACCUUGGACUGGCGGCCUGCUGAGGACUUCGGCCACGGUCGGUGAGGACCGAGUCGACGUGCCUCCAGGGGUGUUCGACUUCUUCCGCGCCGACGAGCCCUCGCUAGUUCCGCUCCAGAUGGCGCGGCUGGGACCCCGCGUCGCGACCAGCGUCUACCGGUUCGUGUUCGCCAAGGCGCUGGACUUCCUCUACCACACUGGCCACCAGAAGUCCUGGGUUCUACUCGACGACGCCCGCUCCUGCGUCUGGAGUCAGUUUAGCGCAGGGGUGUGGAUUUCCUCGGCGAUGGGCGCCGGCCGGAGCACGCACUCCGACGGCUCUCCGGCGCACAGUCCCACGCGACUGCUCGACAAACGACUCGCCCGACCCCGGCACAGCGACGACCACGGCUUCCACGGUGCCCUGCUGUCUCCGACGCGCGUGUGCCCUCCCAUCUCGUCGCCCCCGCCGCGACCUGCCGUCGACGAUCGGUCGGCCAUACCUUCUCCGCCUCCUGCGUCCAUGUCCUCGCGAGUGCCCGUCGUGACGACGACCCGGGUCACCUCGACGUCCGGCGAACGCCGCCACUCCAUGCGAGCCGACAGCCCCAUGCCCAAGCUGCAGGCGGAAGCGAGGAGGCUGAGCGAGCCCCGCGACGAGCAGGCGCGCAGCCACCAGCAGCAGGGCGACAUCGAGAGCCAGAUCAGGGAGAUCGAGCAAAUGACGGACGGCAUACUCGAGGACAUCGAAGCCGAAAACCUGGGCAGCUUCAGCACGGGCCACGAUCCGGCUACGAAGACGACCGCGCUGAAAGGUCCGCAUCAAGAUGUGGGUGGCCCGCUGGACUCCGGCAAGUCGGCCGCACCACUUAGAGGCUCCUUCGAGCGCGGCCUCUUCGGCGACGCAGGGAAAUUCACGGGACUUGGCCGGCCGCAACUACCGCCGACUCGGUCGUUGGAACGUGGGGGCCGCAGGGCGUCAGUACCUUGGGAGACCGCCGUCGCAGGCUCCAGGAGCGGGGGACAUCGCUACAAGCCGCACAGUCGCAGCACGGGUUCCGAGGUCAGAUCGCAGUCGCAGCCAGUCGCUGGACUGGCAGCGGCCGGACGUCAUGGCGCUCAGAUGAGGACUCAGUUCAGCGGGAGAGCGGAGACAACGCACAGUCCCUUUCUUGGUCACGUGCCGAGGAACAAAGUUGCCACCACACAGCUGCCGAAUAAGAAAACAAGCUACGACUUCAGUAAGUUUCAUCAGGCCAACCAGCGGGAGAAGGUCACCAGCCUAACGCCACCGACGUCGUCGCUGAUGCACAACAGAGCUUCAGCAAGGUCGAAAGUCUACAAGAUAGAGCGAACCAUUUUCCACCAACUCAAGAAGGUGGACCCGUUGAGUACGACACAUCGGAAAAACUCAUAUUGGAAGACAUCGAAAAGGAAUACUCCAUCACAUAGCACUUACGAAGGUUUUAUAGCAAUACAUUCUCUCCGGUGGCGGAGCUACACCUCUCUGUGCUUGUGUCGUGCACUCUGGCGUUCUCCAACCUGGUAUGAAUGAGUUACCUGAUGCCUAUGUGCAUAUAGGUAUUACCCUCAGAGCGUUUCACACAGAGAGCUCGGGGGUAUACAGAAGAACUUAGCGUAACCUGAAAAAAAAAGAGGUCCCUUAAAUAAUACACCUCCAGUUAUCCAAACGCGGCGUGGGCCAGUUUUAUCAGACGAGAGGCGAACUUGUGACGUUGUCCUCAUACGCAGAGAUUCGAAGCAUCUCAU